AUGCUACAGGUUUCGGUCAUAGGAGGAGGCAGCUGGGGAACAACCAUUGCAAAAGUCAUUCAGGAUAAUUUUAAAAAUAGGUCUAUUUCUGGAAAGACUUUCUUAUGGGUCUAUCCUGAGGUUGUAAAUGGAGUGGAUUUGUCUGAAUCCAUAAACAGCACACGAAUUAACUCAAAAUAUCUUCCUGAAAUUGUAUUGCCUGAGGGAGUGACAGCUACCUCUAAGAUGUCUGAUGCUGUAAAAGACGCAGAUAUUCUUGUCUUUGCAGUUCCGCACGAGUUUCUUGAUGGGAUCCUAGGGUCUAUUAUUUCAGAUAAAGGUGCGGUAGUGAAAAAGGAGUGCAUCGCUGUUACUCUGGCAAAAGGCUUGUUCUUUGAGGAGAAAAAGAUGGAGCUAAUUUCAGCCCGCAUUAAAAGGAUGCUGGGUGUGGAGGUCUGCACUUUGAUGGGGGCCAACAUUGCUGGCGAUGUUGCAAAUGGCCUUUUCAGCGAGUGCACACUGGGAUAUGAAAAUGAAAGCAUAAAGAAAACUGUUGUGGACGUUUUUAACUCAAAGCACUUCAGAGUGGCUGCAGUAAAGGACCACGGAGCUGUUGAGGUGUGCGGAGCUCUGAAGAAUGUAGUGGCUGUUGGGUGUGGCAUUGUAGCAGGGCAGCAGCAAGGUGUAAAUACUAUUGCUGCAGUUAUUAGAAAUGGUCUCCUUGAGAUGGUUAGAUUCUGCAGGAAAUUCGUCAAGAGCCCAGAUAACUUGUCUGAAAAUGAUGAAACAAUUCCGCGGGUUUUCUUUGAGUCCUGCGGGGUGGCAGACCUUAUUGUAACAUGCUCUUCCGGAAGAAACUACAAAUAUUCUAAAUUGGCAUCUGAGAAAGGCAUUUCUAUUGGACGAAUUGAGAAGGAAGAGAUGAAUGGUCAAAAGCUCCAGGGAUAUUCCACAAUAAAGGACCUUCUUGCCUUUAUAAAAGGGAAUGGUGUAGAAAAAGAGUUUCCUUUCUUUGUGGCCAUCUGCAACUCUGCCACAUCAGAUUUAUCUGCAGAGAGAAUUGUAGAUGCUAUCCGAGAGUCAUCACAAUAA